CACUGACAAGCUGUCUUGCUUCAGAUUAGAUCACCUCGUCACACCAGCUGCAUCUUCCUCUCCUCUGAUAUGAGGACCUCAUUCAGUCUCCUCGUGGCUCUUCUGUUCAUUCUGAAUGGUGAUGGAGGUAGUACGGCAGAGGUCACGCCUGUAACGAUGCCAAAGCGGCCGUGUCCCAUACCUGAUGAUAUCCAGCCUUGCGUGUGCGUGUUUGAUGAAGAUUUGUACCAGCUAGAUCUUGAUUGCUCAGCUGUACUGGACGAAGAUGACCUAUAUAAAGUGUUCCAGGCUACCUUUCCCUUUAAGGUAUUCCGAAAAUUCACCAUUUACGAGAACAGCCACCUAAACUUUCUUCCAUCUGACGUCUUCGGGGAGGUACAGUUCGAGGAGAUCUCCAUCACCAAGGGAGUGUUAAAUGAGGUGCAGAACGAAACCUUCGCCAGUAGUUACUUGACGGCAGUGACCAUCGACCUUUCGUCAAACCACAUCGAGUACUUUCCAUUCCACGAAGUAUCCAGCUUCACCUUGCUGGAGACCCUCAACAUCGGCUUCAACAACCUGACGUCCAUCUCUCCGAUGACAUCUCCAACCCUAAAAUUAUUAUAUCUCAAUCACAACACCCUUUACCAUAUCGCCGCUAACACCUUCGUGGAACUGCCCAGUGUUCAGGAGAUUCACUUGGCUGGCACGCAACUCCAGGAGCUAAAACCCGAAACCUUCACUGGUCUACAGAUGUUGACGGUGAUCAACAUGGAAACUAACAAGCUGAGGAACCUGGCUGGAGGAACCUUCAACCUCAGCAGUGUACAGGCAGCUGUCUCCAUUGAUCUUACCAAUAACUUAAUUAACACUGUCAACAUCGGUGCCUUCACUGGUCUGGCUGAAGACUCUGUUAUCAUUCUCUAUCUGAACGAGGUGUCCCUGUUGGAGGAGGAGGUGUGGAGACCCGUCUUGGAAAACAAUGUCACGGUGGUUCUGACAGGUAACCCGCUAGAUUGUGGUUGUGACCUGGAGUGGGUUGUGCUGAACCAGAGCCGCUGGCUUCCUUACCUCUAUGGUGCGAUAUGCUACGAUGGUAUCACACUGCAAGAACUGGAUCCAACAUUUUACAUCAAUUACUGCUGAUUCCCGUGUAGUUGACUGGUUAAUGGGGGAAUCUACGGCCAUUCUACUACACGAGGGUUAUUAAAGCAGCAUUUCACCUGCUUAUCACCAGUUAAGAAUACUUUAAUGCCCAGAAUAUCUAAUGCAGUAAACUCUCAAUAUUAUACACUGGUAUACAUAAACAUUGUGUAUAUAAUGUAUUUAUUGCAUUGUAUUAAACAUUUUACUUACUUUUAUUAAAGUUUGUAAUAUAUUUAAGAUAUUUUCACUGUGAACAAUGAGAAGAUAGUAUUAGAGAUGAUCCUGAGAGAUAACUAGAAGUGCUUUUUACUUGACACUAAAACAUAAUCAUACACAGGUUUGAUAUUUCCUAAUAAUGAAGGAAAACGACGUUUCGCCCAUCAAUAACGUGUAAAGUACAUACAUCUGCGCAGACCUGUACUUAUGACACGCUUGUCUCACGGGGAUUAAUUAUAUCCUAACUGUAAUGUGAAGCUGGAUAAAUAUUCUAGCAAUAACGUAAAAUUAGCUGUAUUCUAUUUACACAUUAAAUAUCUGAAAUAAAGAAUAAGUUAAUCGACUUUAUUUUACGUAAUGCUUUUAUUAUUUGUAGUAUUAUGAUAAUAAUGUCUUAGCUUAUGUAAAGCAGGAGCGAUGCAGUCUUAAUGUAAUCUUAACAAUGUAAUCUUAAUAAAAGGAAUCUGAACUG